UUUAAGGCUCCGCGGAGCUCAGACUCUGCUCGACGCAGACAGACCAGCUCUGCCGCAGCGACUCAUCCUAUCGAUAAGGUUCACUUAGCCAAGGUGGAGGAUGGGAAAAGAAUGGAGCUGUCCCAGCUACUCAAUGAGAUCAGGGCAAACUAUGAAAAGCUCCUCACGAGAAAUCAGAUAGAGACCGUGCUCUCAACAAGGAUCCAGCUAGAAGAAGAUAUGAGCAAAAAAAUGGACAAAGAUGAAGAGGCUUUAAAGGCAGCUCGAGCAGAACUCAAGGAAGCGCGACGCCAGUGGCACCACCUGCAAGUGGAAAUUGAGUCUCUCCAGGCAGUGGAAAGGGGCCUUGAAAACUCCCUACACGCCAGUGAGCAACAUUACCAGAUGCAGCUGCAAGAUCUAGAGGCUGUGAUUGAAGGACUAGAAAAAGAGCUGCAGGAAGUAAGGCGGGGCAUUGAAAAGCAGCUUCAAGAGCACGAGAUGCUUCUCAACACGAAGAUGAGGCUAGAACAAGAAAUCGCCACUUAUCGCCGCCUCCUAGAAAAGGAAGAAAUCAGAUAUUAUGGUUGUAUCCAAGGUGAGAAAAAAGAACAAAAACCUUCGACAAGUAGAGUUGGUUUUGUUUUACCUUCAGCCAUUAUAAAUGAAAUAUCUUUUUCAACGAAACUCCCACAAAAGUAUGAGAACGAAAAAGUGGAAACAGUGACCAAACAGGCAAUACUAAAUGGAAAUAUUGUGAAGGAGAGCACUGAGGCUCGUGGCACUAUUCAGACAGAGAAAGUGGAUGAAGUUAUUAAAGAAUGGGAAGGCUCCUUCUUUAAAGAUAACCCUCGAUUAAGGAAAAAAUCGGUUUCUCUUCGAUUUGAUCUUCAUUUAGCAGCCACUGAUGAUGGGUGUUUACAGACUAAGCAGGAUAAUCUACCAGAUAUAGAAGUCAGGCUUAUCAUGAGAAGAUCAUGCAGUAUCCCCUCUAUCAAACCUCCAUCAGCAGCUAAUUAAUCCGACAGUACUUGACUGGAUUUGAAAAUGACAUUAGGGUGGACCAUGGUGGCCCAUGCUGACUGCCUUCUGUCCCAAAAUGUAAGUUAUUAAGUAUGUAUGCAAUGAUUAAUAUGUGAUUCUCUUCAGAAAACAAACAGGAAGGGACACAAUUUCUCUGAAUCUAAUUAUGGAUGCAUUCUUUGAAGAGGAGGAGCUUCAAAAUAAAAUCAGAAAUUCAGUAUGGUUUCUAUUUUGUUUACUCCAAAUAGUGUUCUUUUCCUCUUGAAAUUUUAUCAGAGACUAUAAACAUUAAGGUGGCUUGGUUAAAAGUCUUUGAAAUUUCACUCAGUGACUGAGUAUUCUAAGGAAAAGGAACAAUCUGUUUAGGUAUGAUUAUAUUAUAUUAAGAAUCAUACUGACUUAUUCAUCAUUAUUCCAUGACUGGUUAUAGCUAAAAAGAUUUUUCUACUUAAAAAAGAAAGCAAUUGUAAACAAACAUUUAAAGAGGACUCACUAGUCACAUAUUAAA